UAUUACAUUUUCAUUAAUCAAUGAAAAAAAUAUAUUAUUUUAGAAUUUGAUAGAGAGAUUUAUGAUUCUGAAUGAUAUCUAAAGAUACAUUUCGUUUGUUGAUAGUAUCAUUUGAAAGGCGAUCAAAAUAAACGAGUAUGUGUAUCUUCAGAGGUGCGCGGUUGUAAGCAAAAUGCUUUCGACCUAUGGUUUUAAUAUCGAUCGAUUCUUUUAUUUUCUCAGCUGAAUUGUAUUGUUCUAUGUAUUUAACGUAAGAGAAGAGAAACAUAACCUCUCGUUUAAGAGAAAACGUACGCAUGCGAGAAAGUUUCUUAGAGUGUUUUAUUAAUCAUAUAAACAAUGACCGUUUGGGAACGAAUGCGAAAUCCGUGCGGAUGGAGAGGAGGUGCUAAACAAAUAUCUGUUGACGCUAUGAUACCGCUAUUUGCGGUACCCCUUUUGGCGAUAAUCGCCGCCCAGUCAUUUCUUUGUACCGUCGUAAUAUUUCUCGCAACGCCUAUUUUGGUAUAUUAUUUGCAUCAUAAUUUCUUGAGGUUUCUAUUAAGAACAAAAUUUUUUCUCAUGUGGACGAUUACGAGUGUGUUGAUGCUGAUGGUAGUUUUUGAAGUCAGUGUUGUGCCGUUACUUGAAAUAUUACCGGAGGAAAAUUUUUUCUUUAUAUUGUGCGUUGUCGGAGGCAUAUAUUGCGGCUUUAAGACAAGACUGAAUGCGGAUCAUGCUGCUCAAGAAGGUGCUACGGAACAAGGUUUGGAGCUUGGGGAAGGAAGCGGAGAGUUAUGCGUAACUUGUAGAAGAAGAGCACCGCCUAAAGCUUAUCACUGCCGAAUGUGUCAAACAUGUAUACUUAAUAGAGAGUAUCAUUGUAAAUGGUUGGAUUGUUGCAUCGGUUCCAGUAACUUACAGUGGUAUCUUGGAUGUUUAUUAUUUUCAGCGACAGCUUUUAUUUAUGGCUCUAAUCUGACUAUGACCACAGUAUGUCAUCCUUUUAUUUUAAUUGGUACGGUGCUCUUACCAGACGACUGCAGUGAUGUUUAUCAUCAGUUAGACAUUGCUCUCUGCUUCAUCUCAGCACUCUACAGCCUACUCGUUGGCCUAGUGGUAUUUUGUUAUUUAAUGCAUCACCUCUGGCUUAUUUAUCUUGGAACAACGUCGAACGAGCGUCGUUUACGAAUAUCUAGAAAUCAAUACGAUCAUGGAAUCUUAAAAAAUGUAUCUCGGUUAUUUUGUUGCAAGACUUAGUAGAUACAAAUGAUAAAUAGUCUAGGGUAUUGUACUUUGUACAGAGCAUAUUUUAUUUGUUGCCAAGAGAAUAAAAUGACCAUCAAUACUAAGAAUUAAUUUGAACUACGAUCGUCAAGCCAGGUACUUAAAAAUAUUUUAGUAUAUUUCUUUUAUUGAUAAUAUUUAUUUAUUUGUAUUUUUCGAUGUCUUUAUUACAACACUUUUUAGUAGGAUAAGUUUUUUCAUUGAAUUCAACGUGGAUGUGUCAUAAAUUGUGUGAUAUACUAAUAGCAAUUAACGUAUAUCAAGCACUAUAAUGACAUAUCGCAAUAAUAGUAUAUCAGUCAUAAAUAAAAUUUCUGGUUAUUACGUCAGGAUGUUACUAUGUUUAGUAUUUAUAUACAUUUAUUGUAUAACUGUGAUAAAGUACUUAUUACGUGCUAAUUAAUUAUUUCUUUAAAAACGAAAUAUAAAAUCAAAAAUAUGUAUAAUUUAUAUAAAAUCUUUGAACUAUAUAUUGUAUAAAAGUGACUAUUCUAUCUGUGAAACUAAUCAUAUCGUUAGCGUAUCCGCUCCGUGCGAAGCCAUGGUAGGGGAAGCCGAAGUGGACACUAGCGCACGCAGUGGAUAACUUUGGCAAUAAAGGACGGUGUUUUUUAUUUUGGAGUUAACAAAACAUGUGUGACAAUUAAUUUUAUAUUUUUAAAAAAAUGGGUAGAAAUAGCCAUCGCAGUUGCUGUGUAGUAAAUUGUAAAAAUACGAGUGCAAAAAGUCAUUGUAAAUUUUAUAAAUUUCCGACUGCCAAAUGGAAAAUCAAUCAAAGAAAAAUGUGGGUAGCUGCAGUGAGGAGGCAAAAUCCUGAUGGAUCACAGUGAAUUCCCAAAUCAUACGAUUAUAUUUAUAGUAAUCAUUUUAUUGGAGGCAAAAAAUCCGAAGAGGAGUUAAGUCCUAGCUAUAUUCCUACAAUAUUUCCUCCAAUUUACAAGUAUCGAAAAGUGAAUGAACUUUCUGCUGAGAACAGGUACAAGCGUUUAAAGGAUCGUCGAAUGAAAAAUAAAUUAUCAUCAACAUCUUAUACUGAGCCACCAAUUAAUGAAUUUGUUGAAAUAAUGAUUGAAAAUCCACCAGUAUCACCACAGAAAGUCGACCAAGGGUGUCAAGUAGACUUUUACUCAAAUUUUGAUGUAAAUUCUCAAACAGAAAUUACAGAAGUUACUGGAGCAACCAAAGUUAAUUAUACUAAUAAAAAAUAUGUAACAACAAAAUGUAGGACAGUUCAAAAGACAUUUGUUGAUCAAGAAAGUCAAGCUGAUGAUUCACGAUUUGCAAGAUUUUCAUCAAUAACUAAGACUUAUGAGUUAAUUGAUGUUGCAGGUGUUACUUUUGAAAAUUUUGAAUUUUUAUUAAAAAUAAAACUUAAAAUUGAUAACAA